AUGCACAACCAGGACUCGCGCUCGCCUUCGUCAGGUGACAUUCGGAGGGAUGCAGAGCGUGCCCGUCGCCGCUCCAGCAUCCGCAUGAACCUCAACCUCAACGACCCCGCCCUACCUGCCCCCGGCGAGAUGCAGCAGAGCCCUUCAGCCCGUGCUAGAGGCACCGGCACCUGGCCACACAGCCCCCACCACGAGCGCGCCCCCAGCCUGGGCGAGCUGCACCAGGAGCUCGAGGCUGAGCAGGAGGGCCAGGUCAACCGCCUCCUCAACAUGAUCCGCGCCCAGCAAGCCCAGAUAAACAGCCUCCAGGCCAGCCAGCACCCCUCGUCCGCCUCUGCUGUCGUGGACGACGGCACCCCGACCUCGGAGCGCUCCAUGUCCAUCCCCGCCUCGCAGCACAUGUCGCCGCUGCCCUCGGCUGCCCAGCCCCGCUCCCGCUCGCCUUUUGGCCUGGGUUCUAUCAGCCGCCAGUCGUCGUUUGCAGACCGCUCGCGCCACAGCAGUCAUGCGGGCUCUCCCGCCCUGCGGCCCAUAUCCGGCCAAGCCGGCUCCUACGACCCCCACGACAUGCUUCCCAGCCCUGUAGCCACUAGAGAUGAAAGUGCUUUUUACCAGGCAGAGACCCAGAACCUGACUCGCGAGAACCAGAUGCUCAAGCAACGCAUACGAGAACUAGAGCGCCAGCUAGCAGAACAAAAUCCUACCAGCCAGAUUACCCACUCGCCCUCUGUCCACUCUAGUCUUGCACCCACCCCUAAUCGCCAGGCCAAUGACGGCGAGGAUGUCGCCCAGGAUGCCCAGCCUUCUGCUGCUGCAGAGUAA